AGUAUAAGGGAGGGGGCAGGGAAGGAGCUGCAAGGAUGCUCUGUUACAGUAGCACUAGUUUCUGCAGUGGUACCUGCCCAGGGAAGAGACUUAUAGGAAUAGCAUCCAACCUGCAGCACUGAACCAGGUUCCUCCAGUGUGACCCUGGUGAAACUGGAUCUGCAACCGUCGUUCACUUCUUACAAACUGUGGUCCAGAAAAUCUGACUGUUGGUCCUUGAGUUAGCACAAAGCAUCCCGAUCGCCUUACAGCACGCCAGAAUGUUUGCCCCCAAUACUUCUAUUCUCCUUGGAUUAAUAGCCCAUCUCCUUCUCCUUUACCCUGCGGCCCUCGGCACAGACUUCCGUUCUGCUUUCUCCGUUGCCCGUACUAGCAGUAUGGAAGGAGGCCCAGAGAUGGUCAUCAGAUUUGACAAGGUGUAUGUAAAUAUUGGAGGGGAUUUUGACCCCAAAGCUGGGAUUUUCAGGUGUCGUAUUCCUGGGGCUUAUUAUUUCUCCUUCACUAUUGGAAAGUUUCCCAAGAAAAACCUAUCGGUCAUGCUGAUGAAGAACAAGAAUGAGGUCCAGGUGAUUGUCUAUGAUGAGCAUCAUCACAAAGAGAGAAAGACGGCUAGCCAAAGUGCAAUGUUGCAACUCGAUUAUGGAGAUACAGUUUGGCUUCGGCUCCAUGGCGACCCAAAAUAUGCCCUCUACAGCAAUGUUGGACCUUAUACAACCUUUAAUGGCUAUUUAAUCUAUCCAGAUACAUCCUACUAUUUCCAAGGUGGCAGUGACUCCUACAAGCUUCAAAACUCCCAAAAUACAAUGAUCUCUAAAGAGGAGUCCUCUGAGCAGAAUGAAGUCUACAGAAAGAACACAAUGGUAGCUGACCAACCAGCGAUAGACUCAGACCCUAGGUCGGCUUUCUCAGUUGCCCGAACCCAAAGUCUCAUUGGAACAGAGGACAGGAAGAUCCAGCAUCAACCAAUCACUUUCGACACGGAGUUUGUCAACAUUGGAAAAGAUUUCAACUUGUCUUCUGGAGAAUUCCGGUGUCGCAUGGCUGGAGCUUACUACUUCUCUUUCACCAUUGGGAAAAUGCCUUCUAAAACCAUGUCUGUCAAGCUGAUGAAGAACCAGAAUGAGGUCCAAGCAAUGAUUUAUGAUGACAGCCACUCCAAAAAGCGAGAGAUGCAGAGCCAAAGCUUAAUGUUGUCUCUGCAAUCUGGAGACACAGUGUGGCUCUAUAGCUACAGACACGAAGGCUACGGAGCUUACAGCAAUCAUGGAAAAUAUAUUACAUUCACUGGGUUCCUGGUGUACCCAGAAGCAGCUCCCAAGCAACAUGUAUCAGUAACAAACCAGAAACCAGAAAUAAUUACGGAGAUUUGACGGAUACGGUGACGGUACCAAAUUAUGACUUGCAAACAAGGCUGGAUUUGAUAGUAGGUGAUCUAGGCACACGUCUAUUGGUGCCUCAAUAACAGAGGCACAAAGUGUGCGUCAACUCCACCCACAUUACCACUCACAGCCCUCGUGUUUGUAGCACUGCUCAUUUUAUCAUCGUCUGCACCCUCUGAAGCAAACGUCACUUAUUUUGUCUUCAGCGUGACUGAUCAAGUACAGAUGUAGCCAGAAUUAUCCAAAAGUGAUAUCUCAAUUGUCUCUGAAACCACUGUCUGAGUCAUAUCCCUAAGUAUAAUAUGAGUAAGAGAAUAUAAAUCAUUUUGGGAUAACAUUGGCUGCAUCCGUGUCUAGGCCUACCUAAACUGUAAAUUCGGCCUUGUCUCAAUAUUUCCAUUCCCGGGAGCUCUGUAUUUGCACUCUUUAUUUGUGUGUGUGUGUGUGUAGGUGAGCAUGUUAUAAAACGGCGUACUUGCAUGAAUGGGGUGAUGCACCCCCUUACGUGCCAUAACUCAUUUCGAUAUAAGGGUAAAAAAAGCAAUAGAAGGAGGAAUCUAUAGAACUAGAAAAGAACAGUGUAAGAUAUACAGGAAAACAACAGCGGACACUACAUACAUGUAAUACAAGGAGUUGAAACAAACAAAAAAAUAAUAAAAUUGUUUUCUAAUAAA